GUUUUGCAAGAAAACGGUCGCGGCAGCCGGAAAACCGAAAUGAAGAUAGCAAUAGAAGGCUGUGCUCACGGGGAGCUGGAAAAGAUCUACGACCUCAUUGGAUCGAUUCAGGAGGAGCAAAACAUCGCCAUCGACCUUCUGAUAUGCUGUGGCGACUUCCAAUCAACGCGAAAUCUCCAGGACCUGCAGUGCAUGGCCGUUCCACAGAAGCACCUGGAUAUGUGCAGCUUUUACAAGUACUACAGUGGAGAAAAACUGGCACCCAUCCUGACGCUGUUCAUCGGAGGCAAUCACGAGGCAUCCAACUAUCUGCAGGAGCUACCUUACGGUGGCUGGGUAGCGCCCAACAUCUACUACCUUGGGUACGCCGGAGUGGUCGAGUGUAACGGUGUGCGGAUUGGUGGCAUUUCUGGCAUCUUCAAGGGUCACGACUUUCUGAAGGGACGCUUCGAAUUCCCACCGUACACGGAAUCGACCAAACGGAGCGUUUAUCAUCAGCGGCAGAUCGAUGUGUUCCGGUUGAAGCAGCUUUCACACCCGGUCGACAUAAUGUUAUCACACGAUUGGCCACGAGCAAUCACCGAGCACGGUAAUGUCAAUCAGUUGCUUCGCUUCAAACCAGCGUUCCGGGAGGACAUUGAAAGCAAUCGGCUCGGGAGUGGACCAUGUGAGGAUUUGCUACAACAGCUGAAACCUCAGUACUGGUUCGCGGCACACUUGCAUUGUAAAUUCGCUGCCCUCGUCGAACAUAAGGAUGGCCAGCAGACCAAGUUUCUUGCGCUGGACAAAUGUUUACCGAGGCGUCGCUUUCUGCAAGUUCUCGACAUUCCCACGGAGGACGGCGAGUCGCAGGAAGAUCAAAAACCGCAGCUACGGUAUGAUCUCGAGUGGCUUACGAUACUGAACCUCACGAAUCAUCUGAUCAGCGUGCGCUCUACGAACGGGUACAUGCCGGGCGAAGGAGGCGAUGGCGAUGAGCGCUUCAAUUUCACACCGACGGAAGAGGAGAAAGCCAAAGUAUUGCAUUGCUUCGACAGCGAUCUUACAAUUCCGGACAAUUUUUUGCGUAUUGCAGCACCCUAUCAACCACCGGGGGAUGAUGAUGGUCGACUGAACAUGUCCAUUGUCGAACAGCCGCAAGCAUACGUUAACCCUCAGACGACAGCAUUUUGUGAUCGGCUCAACAUUGACGAUCCCUUGCGGCUGGCAAUGCUAAUGACGGGCCAUAAGCUCAACACGUCCACCUAUGUUGAUUCUGGCCCGGUCCAAACGCCUGCCUCAAGCAAACCGAACAAGCGUGCCAUGACGAAUGCCGACGAACUGGAUGUCGAUGACGAUGAUGAUGAUGAUGUCGAAGGCGAUGACGUAAAACAGGAUGAAACCGUACAAACGAGUGAACGGCCGGUGGCACGUACAUCCCUCUCGUCCACACUACCUCAACCAAGAUGGUGCGCUGAGACUGAAUCGCAAGAAUCGGAUCUUUCGACCACGCUCAACGAUUCGCUGGUGAGCCAAGCGACGACGACGCCUCACAAAUCGUUCGGAGACAGCAGUCUCUCCGAGAGUCUGCCCGUGGUCAAUUUGAACCUGUCGAGUCCACAGCAAACGACUGAUGGGAGUGCAGUCGCUGAUUCCGGUGAGCAGGUGCCCAACGACGUCGUGCAAGAUACACCACCGAUUAAAAAGUUUAAGCGACGUAAUCAAACCAUCUACGCCAACGAGGACGAUUGAGAAGGAUGGCAGAAGGAAAAGCAGAUUGCAAUAUUAGUUCAAAACCAUGAGCAGCGAACGGGAUCGGAUGAAAUAAAAGAAGGACGAAA